CUUUUGGCGCGACUCGACCCAGGAAGAUUGGCUACAAGCCACCUGACCCUAUGGAGCUUGAGAAGCACCGGAAGCGUCGAAUGAAUGAGAUCAAGAUGUGGGCCAUUAUCAGAGAAGUCAUCAUCUACUCAUUCUUCCUGUGGAUCCUGAUGGUCAUCUCCUACCGCCAACUGGGUGCCAGCAACUUUCUCUACAAAGACACCAUGCAUCGCGUCUUCAUCGAGAACAACGAGACGGACAUUCACUUUUCUCUGAUCCGCAACACCGACGAGUUCUGGAUUUGGGCCAAGUCCGGUUUGGUGAACGGCUUGCGUGCAGGCUCCUACUACAACGACUACCCGCCCCUCAAGCUGAGAGCCUACAUCAACGACAAAGUCUCCAGGAUCAUCGGCUACGCCACCAUGAGACAACUGAGGAUAAAGCCUGCGUUGUGUGAGAUCCCUGACAAGAUGGAGACAUUGGUCGGCCAGUGCAACAUUCAAUACGACAUUUUGAAACAGGAAGAAAGGGACUUCAAAGUUGGCUGGGAGCUUUUUAAUUCUACAGACACUGCAAACGACACUCGUCCAGAAUACAUGUACACAACUGCUGGAGAUCUGAACGGCUAUCCCUACUGGGGAACGCUGGGAAUGUACUCGGGUGGUGGCUACGUCGUAAAUCUGGAAGGCUCAAAGGCCGAUUUGAUCAACAUUAUGGACAAGCUGGAAAGGGAGAAAUGGAUAGAUCGAUACACGAGAGCUGUGUUCGUGGAGUUCACAGUCUACAAUGCUCAGGUCAAUCUUUUUGCCAUCAGCACCAUCCUGGCAGAGUUCCACCCUAGUGGAGGUUUAGUACAGUCCUUCAGAUUUGAACCGGCAAUGCUAUUGCCGUACAUGACGUCAGCCAUGCUCUUCCAGCUGGUUUGUGAGGUUGUGUACAUUCUGUUCACGCUGUUCUUCAUCAUUCGAGAGCUCCGUGCAUUCAUCAAACAGCGUCUCAGCUAUUUCAAGAGCUUCUGGAAUCUCGUGGAGCUGGGAAUCAUUGCCAUGAGCAUCGCGGCUAUCGUCAUCUUUUUCUACAGACUUUUUGUGACCAACGACCUCACAGAAGCGUUCAAGGAGACAAACGGCAACGGCUAUGUAAAGUUCCAAUAUGUAGGUUAUUGGAACGAGAUGUUCUCCUACAUGAUUGGCUUCUUGUGUUUCUUUGCCACAAUCAAAUUUUUGAAACUGCUGAGAUUCAACAAAAAGAUCAGCAUGCUGUCCGCUACCCUGAAGCACAGCGCCAAAGGACUCAUGCACUUCGGAGUCAUCUUUGUCAUCGUGUUCAUGGCGUUUGCCCAACUCUUCUACCUGACCUACAUGCACAUCGACGUGGAUUACUCCACCUUCAUCUCUUCUGUCGUCGCCUCCAUCCUCAUGAUGAUGGGCAAGUUCAACAUCUACUCCAUGAUCAUGACUGAGCCGGUGCUCACACAGAUCUUUGUGCUGCUGUACGUGAUCACAGUGACGUUCAUCAUCGUGAACAUGUUCAUCUCCAUCCUGAACGAGACGUUCACAGUGGUCAGAGAGGACAUCAACAAACAGGGCAACGACUACGAGGUCGUCGACUUCAUGUUACAAAGAUUCAAGAAGUGGACAGGUCUGGGUGCCUCCAGCGCCAACGAGAACGAAAACCCUGAUGGUCAAAACAACCCCGAAGGCCAGUUCAUGCCAGGCGGUGGACCAAACUCCUCUGACCACAUUCAAGAUUUCCCGGACAGAAUUGAACGUCUUCUCCAGUCUAUUAGCUCUGUCUACAUGGACAAUGACAACCUUGGCCAGCUGUACCAGAAGAAGCGUCUCGACAGCCAGAACAUCAACAAAAGUAUGCUGAGGUCUGGCCGCUCACCGUCACCAGCACCUGGCCAACAGUUCAGAGGCAGAAAGGACAGUUCGGACGUGGUUGCCAGGGUGCACACAGACUAGUCACUACCUGUACCUGGCCAAUAAUUGGUCGCGUUUAAGGACAAGCGGGCUAACCCAUGUUUCGGGGGUUUCCAGAAAUCUUGACCUGCACCAGAAGUGCGCCUUGCCCUAUCUAUAUAUAAUGAGAAGUUUGGUUUCAUUGGUGUGUAUAUUUGUUUGGUUAUAGAGAAACUUCUC